UAGCAUCUCACAGAAAACCCACCCCAUUGAAUACACCAGAAAAGCUCCAGCAGUAAGCACGUCUGUUGGACGUCUGUCUCUCUUAAUUCCCGAUACGCAUACUCGAAGAUCGCCGGUCGUUGAUCGCAGCGCCGUGUGUUAGUAUGGAUCACGAGAGCAGCAAGACCACCCACGAGUGCGAGACUCCGGUUGUCCAGGAAGGGCCGGUGGAGACCCAGGACCGAGGGCUGUUCGACUUCCUGGGGAAGAAGAAGGAGGGAGAGGAGACGAAGCAAGAGGGGGUGAUGGCGGCGGAGUUCGAAGAGAAGGUGAAGGUGGAAGAGCCGAAGGAGGAAGAGGAGAAGGAGAAGGAGAAGAAGCAUGGCCUCUUGGAGAAACUCCACCGAUCCGGUAGUAGCAGCUCCAGCUCUUCGGACGAAGAGGAAGGAAAGGAUGAGGAAAAGAAAGACAAGAGGAAGGAGAAGAAAGACAAGAAGAAGGAGAAGGAAGAAGAGAAGAGGCACGAGGAGGACACGACCGUCCCUGUUGAGAAGUGGGAGGAGCCGGGCGCCCCGGCGGAUGAGAAGAAGGGCUUCAUCGAUAAGAUAAAGGACAGACUGCCCGGAGGCCAGAAGAAGGCCGACGAGGUCCCUUCUCCGCCUCCGGCGGAGUGUCCAGCGGCGGAGCCGCCCUGCCAUGAAGGAUCUCCCAAGGAGAAGAAGGGGCUACUGGAGAAGAUCAAGGAAAAGCUGCCCGGGUACCACCCCAAGAGCGACGAGGAAAAGGAAAAAGACUGCCACUGAGGGGCGCGACAGAGAGGGACGACCGCCCUUUGCUCCUUUGUUAAAGUUUUUACGUGUGAUUUCGUUUUUUUUAAACUAUGGUGGUGGUCGGUUUGAUCGGGGAGGGUUUAAAUUAAUGGUUUGUAAUUUCCAUUUUCCAAUGUAAAAAGAGAGGGGUAAAAAAAAAAAGU